CGGCUCGUCUCUGGGUGGCGUUGUACCCGCGCCGCCGCUAUCGCUAUCGAACUCCACCUUACCCGCGCAAUGGCUUGCAUCCUCUUUUGCGGUUCCUGGGCAGUUGUUCUGGCACUGCUCGUUGGCUGCUGGGCCAAGAGGCGACGACGUUUUGGGUAAGGGUUUAAUCGGACGGAAAUUCAACAAUGGCAGCAAAAUUUUUGAAAGGACGAAAAAACCGGGGUCAAUGGCCAAAAAUCGACUGAGAUGAAUCUAGUGCCUCGGCCGAUUCGUUCUUGCCAUUCAAUUUUUUGCGGAGCAUCUCGAGGAAGCAGCUGCCCAUUCACCGGAGACUGGGCAACUGGUACUAUCACGAAUUUGCCAUCUGCAAAUUUGCUCUCUUCUCUUUUUCCUCGCGCAUCAUCGCGAAUCACCUCUUGCCUUGGCUGCAACGCUUUGCUCACCUCUCAAGGGUUGGUUGAACUGUAUGUACCACUGACAUCUCUCUGUCGUCCUAUUCUUCGCCGUCGUCUCCCCCGGGUCUCUCGCGCAAACUCUAGAACUUUCACCAGCUGCAAGUCAAGUUCAACGCUGGCUCCAAGCGCAUGACAGAAACAGAGAAACUGCUCCGAGCUUUAUUUGAUCAACCUUGCUAGGGCUUAUAUCUUUGCUCUGGCUCGAGUAUUUCUUUGGACCUUCCCAUCGGACCCUUGAUAUCGGGACGUUAUUUUCUUCCCCGAUACGGCACAUUCGUCCGUCGUCGCAUUACACCCUCUACUACUCGACAGAUUGCGAUCGGGACUCUUUACGUUUCCGUCACAUCUUGGCCUACCUAUUUCAGCCGUCAAUUGCAUCUGCAGAUACAUACACUGCGUGCGCAUUGCAUUACAUUACGGCUUGCCUUGCACCACGUACUAGGUAUACCAGCCGACGCCUCUUUUGUACGUCCAUCAAGUCUAGGACAUUCGUCGAACGCUUGGGAUCGCCAUUAGUUAAAGACAGCUGCCUCCCGUCUGUCAAUUCAACUUUCAAUCUCGAGCUUCGCAGCACGCCGAUCACACUUGUCCCGUGGCUUUUGGGUUUUGCUCAAUUUUUGAAUACCUUUUUGUCACAUAGUCAUUGUCAACUCAAUCUUCAAGAUGGGUUGGAUGGACAAGACCAACCGCAAGAUUGCGGCCAGUCCUGUUGGACGUUGGUUCCAGCUUGAGGGUUCGGGUCAUGUAAGUCAAAUCGGCCACCUCCGAUGUCAACUUCACAGCUAAUGCUCUCUCCAAUUAGCCUCGCGAACGCAAGGGCUCUCUCUUCUUCACUGAGAUUCGAGCUGGUCUCGCCACCUUCUUUGCCAUGGCCUACAUUAUUGCUGUCAACUCUUCGAUUGUUUCUGAAUCCGGUGGUCCAUGUAUUUGCCCUACUUACAAGGACGGUGCUUGCGUCCCAGACGAAGCCUACCAGCUGUGUGUUGCCGAAGUCAAGCGUGAUGCUGUCACUGCUACCGCUGCCAUUUCUGCUCUGGCUACUUUCUUCAUGGGCCUGCUUGCCAACCUUCCCGUCGGUCUCGCUCCUGGUAUGGGUCUCAACGCCUACUUCACCUACACCGUCGUUGGUCCCAGCGGCUCUGGCCCCGUCCCUUAUGAGCUUGCCCUUACAGCCAUCUUCAUUGAAGGCUUCAUCUUCUUCGGUCUUGCUCUCUUCGGUAUGCGUCAAUGGCUUGCUCGCGCCAUCCCCCGCUGUAUCAAGCUCGCCACCAGUGUCGGUAUCGGUCUCUUCUUGACGCUCAUUGGUCUCACUUAUAGCGAGGGUAUCGGUCUGAUUGUUGGUGCCGUUUCCACUCCUAUGGAACUCGCAGGUUGUGAAUCGCAAUAUCGGGACCCUGACACCGGUCUGUGCCCUUCCUCUCAGAAGAUGAGAAGCCCUACCCUGUGGAUUGGUAUCUUCUGUGGCGGCAUCUUCACCGUAUUGCUCAUGAUGUACCGUGUCAAAGGUGCCAUCAUUGCUGGUAUUCUUCUUGUCAGCAUCAUCUCCUGGCCACGAGACACUCCUGUGUCAUAUUUCCCCUACGACACCCUUGGCGACGAUCGAUUCAGCUUCUUCAAGAAGGUUGUCGAUUUCCAUGAGAUCAAGCACACCCUCAACGUCCUCCAGUUCAACAUUUCUGGCCACAGCGGCCAGUUCGGUCUUGCACUCAUCACUUUCUUGUAUGUCGACAUCCUGGACUGUACUGGUACACUGUAUGGUAUGGCUCGUUUCGCCAACCUCGUCGAUCCCGUUACCCAGGACUUUGAAGGCUCUUCGAUUGCCUACAUGGUCGACGCCCUGAGCAUUUCCAUUGGCGCUGUUUUCGGUGUUCCCCCCGUCACUGCUUUUGUCGAAUCUGGUGCCGGUAUUUCCGAGGGUGGAAAGACUGGUUUGACCGCCAUGGUUGCCGGAAUCUGCUUCUUCAUUUCCAUCUUCUUUGCGCCGAUUUUUGCUUCCAUUCCUCCUUGGGCCACCGGCUGCGUUCUCGUUCUUGUUGGUUCUAUGAUGGUUGGCGCGGUUACUGAGAUCAACUGGCGUUACAUGGGUGAUGCUGUUCCUGCUUUCCUCACCAUUGCCAUCAUGCCUUUUGCGUACUCCAUUGCCGAUGGUCUGAUUGCUGGUAUCUGCACAUAUAUGUUGAUCAACACCGUCGUUUUGGUCAUCAAGGUUGUUUCCGGUGGUCGUAUCGUGCCUCCCAACUAUGAGGAGAGAGACGGCUGGACUUGGCGCAUUCCCGGUGGUUUCUUGCCCCCUUGGUUGAACCGACUUGCUCACGGAAAGAAGGACUUCUGGCGUGAGGAGUUCCCUCCUGCUGCCAAUGACACAACUGUGAACCAAAAUGCCGUGCCUGAGGAGACUGGUUCUGAUCAUGGUGGAUCUGAGGGCGGCAAGGUGCCUGAGACUACUCUUCCCCGCGAGAAGGAGACUUGAAAGGGUAUGGAAGAGUUUGGCUACUUAAAAAUGUCAGUAUGUUGAGUGAACGUAGGAGGAUCUGAAAGAUACCCAAGAAAACAAUAACAUGAUGUUCUGUUUGAUAUGCCUGACCUGUCCUUGCAAGUGAUGUCUCGUAAAGACGUGUCGCCCCGACUUCAAACUA